GAGCGUGACUGGCGCUUCCAAUAUUUACUAUUAGUGUUUUAUCAUGUUCAGUAGUGACAAUGGCGUGACUGGCAUUAUAACCACACUCUCCGUAACACGUCACCAUUUCGAAUACAAGAAUGUCUUGAGAUAAGAUGUCCAAGCUAUAGAAGUUUAUAUAAGACUUUCGUCACCAUUGCCCACCCCCCACCCUCCUACCAGCAGGUUGACUGUUGGUCUCAAGAAGGACUAAGAAAAUAGCAAUUCACGGUUUAUAUAUAUCCAUUGCUACGAUUGGUAUGUUUAGUAAUUUGAGUCACAUAUAGUUCCACGACCAUUGUGGUGUAUGUGUGACCACUGUGGUAGGUGUACGACCAAUAUAGUGGGCGUGCGACCACUGUGGUAGGUGUACGACAAAUAUAGUGGGCGUACGACAACUUACGUGGCGAGUGUACGGCCAAUGUGCAGGGUGGGUGGACGACCAAUGUAGUGAGCGUGCGACCACUGUGCUCAGUGUACGACCAUUGUUGCCAGUAUACGGCCAGUGUAGUGGGUGUACGAUCACUGAAGUGAUGUACGACCAUUAAUUAAACGGUCGCUGGGAAAACGCUGAAAUGUCGCAAGAGGGAGAGAACGAUGCAGAAAUUAUCAGUCUGUUUGGUCCUGACGAGCCACAACAGUCCCACAAGAACAACAGGAACGACAAGAGAAUUAAGAAACAGAAGAAGAAACAGCGAAGGAGAAAUGGUUCUGCGAGUCCAGAGCAGACUGGAGAGGACACAAUGGAUACCUUUCUCGGCUUAUUUGAUCCGACCGUGGAAAACGAGACAACACAAGAUAUUGAUGAACUAAAUGGAAAUGUGAAUCACGGCGAUGUGCAGUACAAGGGGCGUAGAGGCACCCUGGGUGGGGUCCGACGAGGUCCAAGCGUAGCCAUACUUCCUGACCAGCUGCCCUCGGAGCCACAGGAGGGAAAUAUUGAAUACAAGUUAAAGCUUGUCAAUCCAAAUCAUGAGAGAUUUAAGAGACUUGUAUCACAGAUGCAGUGGAGAUUACGCGAAGGGCUAGGUGAAGCUAUAUAUGAAAUUGGAGUUGAGGAUUCUGGGGUUCUACUUGGUCUAACACAAGAGGAACUGGAAGCUUCAAUGAAAACGUUACGCCGCAUGGCUAAACAACUUGGGGCGUCACUAACAGUUAUACGCGAAAAAACCAUAUCGGGCCACAAUGGGCAGACACGCAAAGCUGCAGAAGUUCUAGUCAGAAAAGUACCUGAUGAUCAGUAUAGCAUAGAGUUAAGGAUAGCAGUACUUGGCAAUUCUGAUGUAGGCAAAUCUACACUGCUAGGAGUGUUGACCCGGGGGGAACUGGACAACGGAAGAGGUUGUGCCAGGCUCAAUGUUUUUCGUCACCGACAUGAGGUCUGUUCGGGAAAGACCUCCUCUAUAUCUCUGCAGUUGAUGGGAUUCGACUCUCAGGGCAAUGUGAUUGACCAGACGUGUACUAGAAGUCGGGAUUAUGAUGACGAAGACAUCUGCAGUCAGUCAAUCAAAAUAAUAAACUUUAUAGAUCUUGCUGGAGACCAGAAAUAUUUGAAAACAACUGUGUUUGGACUGUCGGGCUAUUCUCCACAUUAUGCUGUUUUGGUAGUAAGUGCAUUUUCUGGUGUGGCUCCAAUGACUGAGGAACACCUCAGCCUCGCUCGGGCCUUAGAUGUGCCCAUUGUUAUUGUUAUCACCAAGACGGAUCUAGCAUCACCUCAACAGAUUCAGAGAGCAAUUAAUGAUCUCAAGCAAUUCCUCACACAACCAGGGUAUAAACGGGUGCCCCUUAUAAUUGAAAAUGAGGAUGAUGCUAUUACAGCAGGCAGCAAUCAGCUGGACAAUAACAUUGUGCCCAUAUUUUGUGCCUCAAGUGUCACUGGGGAUGGAUUAGUACUUCUCAAAAAAUUCUUGUUUGUUCUGCCACCAAGGAUGAGCAACAAAGAGCGUGAGAAACUGGAACAAGAACCAUCAGAGUUUCAGAUAGAUGAAGUGUUCCAUGUGGACCGCAGCAUAGUUGUAGGAGGCUUGCUCACUAAAGGUGUCAUCAUGCAGGGAGCAACAUUGCUACUUGGGCCAAUGGACAACUGCAGCUUUGUGUCAGUAACUGUUGGGUCGAUCCACCGAAACAAAGUUCCCUGCAGAGUGGUGUGUGCUGGCCAGUCGGCGUCACUGUCACUGAGGGGACCAGGUUUGAGUUUACGCAAAGGAAUGAAACUGAUGAGCACCGAAGCCAGGCCCAGAGCAUGCUUUUAUUUUCAGGCAAGAACUCAAGUUCUCCAUCACUCAAGCAGUAUAUGUCGUGGGUUCCAAGCUACCGUCCAUAUAGGAAAUGUUCGACAGACAGCUGUAGUUGAGGGAAUUCUGGGAUCCCGAGGAUUGCAUACAAACGAUCGUGGCUCGGUGAUAUUCCGCUUCCUCCGGCAACCUGAAUUGGUCCAAAAUGGAGCAAGACUUCUCUUCCGGCAAGGAUCAACAAAAGGAAUAGGGAAGGUAAUUCAAGUAUUUGAAGAAGAGCCAGAUAAUGUUGAUCAUUAUAUUGGCCUUGCAAGAUAAGUUGACUGUGGUGCAACCUCAUGAUUUUGUUAUACCAUACGUGUAUAUAAUUUGUGAAGCAUUCUGAUGAUAGUACUGGCAAAUAUUUUCUAAAAUACUAUUAAGAAAAUUCUUUAUUUUUAAGUUCUUACAUAUACCUUGGACAUCUAGAAGAGCAGCAAGGACUUGGUGAGUAAAAAGCCAAUAUCGCCAGUGAAAGGAAAAAAUAAUUAGGUAAAUGAAAAAUAUUAUAUAUACAGUACAUAUAUUUAUAACACUUCCCACAAAAUAGUUUACAAGUAAUAAUAAAUGUCACCAGUUUUAUGUUAUAUGCAAAUAAAUGCACUUUUUAAUAACUAAAUGCACUGUAUUCUGCAUUACAAUAGUGACACUGCACUCUUCAAAUGAUCAGUUUAUGACCAAUCUUAUCAGUACAUCGUACUAAUCUAACAUUAUGUAUAGUAUAGUCUUUUGUUGCUAAGUGUUGUACUGUACUUCCUACAGGAAGUACAAUUCUUUAUUACCAGUUAAAAUUUAAUAGCAAAAUGACUUGCCUGCUAUGUAGUAAACUUGUAACUGCAGUACAUGCAAGAGCCUUGGCUCCUUCUCACUAGGGUAAAUACAAAUUUAUUUUCCCCUGAAUAUAUGACAGUUUAUUGGAUCUUUGUCAAACUGAAAUUAAGUAAAAGGUAAAGGUGUGUAUUACAAAUCUUUCUAAUAGCAACUUUUUGCUAGUAACAUUUAACACGUGUAAUGAAUGACAGAUUUUAGGAAGUAAAUUUGCUACUUUUGCUGCUGCUGUUUGAGCAAUAAGUUCAGCCCAUUCAGAAAUCAGAGAGCCUGAGGCUUUGAUUAGGUUGGAUAGGAGUCAAUUUUAUUUCCUUAGCAUAUCUAUAGGUUCAUAAUAAUAUCUGAUAAACACUGACCAAUACCUAUGAUUUAACUCCUUUAUGGAUUGUGUUUAUUAUUGCCCAUAGUGUGUAGGCAGUGUAUGCACUGCCACUGCAGAAUUCCCAGUCAUAAGCUGUGUUUGUAGCAUAUAUUUACAAGUUCUGCACUGCCUAUCAUUGCAGGUGCAUCCUCAGAUCCAUUAUUCCCUUCAAGAAUGACCCAUGUUAUACCAUUAACUCUGAAGUUAUAAUUUCUGAAGGGUUAUGUAAUGCCUGUUCCCACACUCCUCCAAGCACCAUUAUGUCAUAAGUGAUCCUAAAUUAAUUAUGUCCUCAGUAAGUUCCUACCUCCAUUGUGUCCUUAGUAUGAUCUGAGCAUCAUUAUGCCUUUAAAGUGACUCAUCCCAGUCCCACCUUGAUAUAGUUGUAAAUGAACUUUGAUGCUUGAAGUUGUCUUGCAGACUUUGAAACGAGGAAUUUAUAUUCAAAAUAUUGUUUAUGAUGUAUGAAAAUAUGGUUAUCUUGUCCAUUACAAAAUGAGAUUGAUAAAGUACAAUGCAAUACAUUAAAUUGUAUAUUAAAUUUAAUGCAUUUAUGCAAGUCAAGUUAGUGUGACCAAUUGAUGCUUGAAAAAGCAAUUUUAUAGAUAAAUUUUGUUUUGUGAUCUUUGAUACUAUUAUAUUAUGAUGUCCUUACAUGCUAGAAAGGUCGCUUAUUUAAAUUUGUAAGAAAAGCUGUGUGCACAGUAGACCAUCCUCCCUAACCUCAAUCCAGCAGCCACGUUUUAUAGAGUACUUGCCCUUCCUGCUGCUUAAUCCAUGACUUAUGACUUGUAAAUAGAGAGCCUCACCCAUUUCUUGUGUUAUAUUGUAAAAUAUAGCUUUUGCUGUAGUGCUGAGAACAUAAGUUCUUCAGCUACAAAUGUUUCAAGGUAAUAGUUCAUUAUUCACAGACUUUUUAUCUCUAGUCAACAUUUCAUAUUUCAGUAUAUAAUAGUUAAUAGUACAGUAUAAUCUUGAUAGACUGGACUAAUUGUUCCCGCACACGUAUUGAACCUUUAAGGUUUCCAUUGUACUACAUCAAGGUUUUUUAUUUUUCACUAGGCCUGUUGCAAAUUUUGUUACAGAAAAUUAUAAAACACAACUUUGUGUAUAUUUAGACAAACAAAACAAACACUGCAUUUUAUUAAUACAGUGCUAUAAGAUACAAA